AUGGUAUCCUCGCCUAUCAUUCAUUCUGUCGUGCCACUUCACGUGGGCCAGUUCCUCUUCGUGCGCAUAGAGACAGAUGACGGCGUGGUUGGCUGGGGAGAAUCUGGAGUAUGGGGCCACAUCGAAGCAGGCGCCACGGCAGUGAGUCGUUUUGCUGAGUAUCUGGUUGGAAAGCCUGCCUUCGACAUCGAGCACCAUUGGAACGUCAUGCACCGUUUCAGUUACUUUCAGGGGACGGCCAUCAAUGCCGCGAUAUCUGGGAUCGACAUCGCGCUGUGGGAUAUCAAGGGAAAAGUACUGGGCGUGCCAGUCUGGGAGCUCCUCGGCGGGAAGUGCAGGAACAAAGCGCGCAUUUACGGUCACAUCUACGAGAAGACGAUCGAAGGUGUCCUGGCCGAGUGCAAGAGAAAGAAGGACCUGGGAUACACUGCUUUUGGGCAUAUUAAUCCCUUCCUCGAUGAGGGUCACGACCAGGUGUACUUCAAAACACACGUCCAGAAGAUGGAAGACGCAGCGGACAACGUUCGCAGGAUGCGAGAAGUUGUCGGCGACAAGGUUGACCUUCUCAUCGAGCUGCACCGCCGCCUCACUCCAGCCGAGGCUAUCACCUUCGCGAACAUGAUCAAGGAGUACAGGCCUAUGUUCGUCGAAGAUCCCAUCCGCCCUGAGAAUGCAGACGCCAUGGCUCGGGUCGCAGACCGCAUAUCCGUUCCAAUCGCCACCGGUGAGCGCUUCAGCACAAUCUACGAGUUCCAAGCGCACCUGUCUCGGAACGCGCUCGAGUUCGUCCGCAUCGACGUCGCUCUUUGUGGAGGCAUCACCGGGGCGAAAAAGGUGGCAGCCAUGGCAGAGGCUCACAAUGUCCAGGUCGUCCCGCAUAACCCGCUCUCGCCAAUUGGCCUGGCUGCAUGUCUACAAAUCGCGGCUAGCAUUCCCAACUUCGCCAUUCAGGAGUAUGCGACCGGCUUUGAAAACGGAAUCUUUACAUCUUCCAUGGACCAUCUCGGCAGCAACGUUGUUGACUUCGUCCCGAAAGUCGAGAACGGCUUUGUUGAUAUUCCCACCCUCCCGGGAAUCGGGGUGAAUGUGGUCGAUAACGCGCAGGAUAUUCGUCCACCAUUCAGGCAGCCGAUGCACAUGAGGCCACAUUAUGAUGGCUUUGUUGUUGAUCAGUGA